UUGGCUUGGCUUGUCUGCCAUCACAUCCCAACCUGCGUUCCCCGGCCAACUCACGCCCUGAAAGGCUGAGAUGUCAUUCUGGUACGGUGAACCAUUCUCUCCAUCCGCACCACCCCUUGUAUUUACACCAUCGCUGCUCUUCACUCGGAGCACAAGAUCACACGCAUAAAAUGGUGUAGGAAACACAGGGGCACAAGAACUCGAGCACCAGCCACUCCAGCUGUCUGCUCUGCUCAUUGGUUUGGUUGGUUACCCGGGGUAGGGAGAGAUGAAGGCAAUGUCCGGGCCGAAGCUGCUCCUCGUCCGCCAGCCGUCGAGCAAGUACGGGAACGGGGCGGUGUCGCCGGCGACGGCCGCGUCCGUCUCCGGCCGCCGCUUCUGGCUCGUCGCGUUCCUCGCGCUGUUCACCUGCGCGUCCCUGCUCACGGUCUUCUCCACGGCGCGCGCGCCGUCCGGGGCGGCGUCGCCGCGGGUCACGUUCGCGGCCGGCGCCGGCGCGGGCAGCGCCAUCGGCGCGUCGGCGGGCGGAGGGGCGCUGCCGGCGUACGUGUUCGACGCGCUGGUGCGGUACGCGGCGGCGGCGGGGGCGAACUCGACGGUGAGCAUGCCGGAGGAGGACGUGCGCGCGAUCGCGUCGGUGCUGCGGCGGCGCGCGCCGUGCAACCUGCUGGUGUUCGGCCUCGGCGCGGAGACGCCGCUGUGGCGCGCGCUGAACCACGGCGGGCGGACGGUGUUCCUGGACGAGAACCCCUUCUACGUGGCGCACAUGGAGGGCGCGCACGGCGGGCUGGAGGCGUACGACGUCGCCUACGCCACCGCCGUGCGCGAGCUCCCGGACCUCCUCGACGCCGCGCGCGCGUCCCGGCGCGCCGAGUGCCGCCCCGUCCAGAACCUGCUCUUCUCCGACUGCCGCCUCGCCAUCGGCGACCUGCCCAACCAGCUCUACGACGUCGCCUGGGACGUCAUCCUCGUCGACGGGCCGCACGGGUACGCCGAGGCCUCACCGGGGAGGAUGGCGGCGAUCUUCUCGGCGGCGGUGAUGGCGCGGACCAAGGGGACGGUGACGGACGUGCUGGUGCACGACUACGAGCGGGAGGUGGAGAGCAUGUGCGCGAGGGAGUUCCUCUGCGACGAGAACCGCAUUGAGGGGACCGGCACACCGUCGCUCGGCCACUACGUCGUGCGCGGCGGCGCCGCCGCCAACCGGGAGGCCUUCUGCGGGGCGCCACCGACCACGAAGAAGGCAAACUAGUCUGUCAGGGAAUCGGCUUUCCACUUUGGUUCCUUGUACUUCGGUCUAUUGUGUGCGCUUUGGCAUUUUGAUGCACCGUUGUAAAUGUGGUGUGGUCUCGAUCGGACAAAAUGACACUUGUGGAACAACUGAACAAGUGAUUUUCAAGGGGGGUUUUCCGGCA